GGCGCCCCCUAGCGGCGGCUCGUCACGUUCUCCGGCGGGAGUUUUGGUUCCCCGAGAGCUGCGGCGCUGCCUGGAAGAGGAACUCCUCUUCCCAACAGACUGCGCUCGCUUCCGCGUGGGUGCGGGAGGCCCAUGGAGGAGACGGCGGCGGGCAGAGGGCAGCGGAGGCAGAGAGCGGCCCGGCCUCGCUCCUCACGGGGCAGAGGCACCGCCGCCCGACGCGGCUCGACCGCGCGGGAAACCUCGGCCGACGAGCAUCCGGCGGACGAGGCUUCCCGCGCGGUCGCGCGGCGCCGGACGGCGCAGGGCGGAGAGCCCCCGCUGCUCCGGACGCUCUCGGCGCGGAGCGGGGCGGCGGGCGCGCCGCGGCUGCGGGAGGUGCUGUCGCAGCUCAGCCUGGGCCGGCAGGACGUGUCGGAGGCGUCGGGGCUGGUGAACCGCGUCGUGACCCACCUGAUCCAGGCCGUCCGAGGGAGGGACGGCUGCUUCAGCUCCAUCGAGAGGCUGGGAGCCGGCAGCUACUACGAGCACGUCAAGAUAUCUGAACCCAAUGAGUUUGAUAUCAUGCUUGUAAUGCCUGUCACAAGACUGCAGCUAGAUGAGUGUGACGACACUGGAGCCUAUUAUUAUUUAACAUUCAAAAGAAAUCCAAAAGAGAAGUAUAUGAAUAGGUUUCUAGACGAAGAUGGAAAAUUAUCAGCCUUUAAAAUGCUUGAAGGACUAAGACGAAUUAUUAAAGAGGAAGUAAAACACAUUAAAAAUGUGGAUGUAACUGUGAAAAGGAAAAAGCCUGGAAGCCCUGCAAUAACUCUACAGAUCAAUAAGCCUCCAGCAGAAAUAUCAGUGGACAUCAUCUUGGCUUUGGAAGUUCAGCAGAGCUGGCCUCCCAGCACACAGGACGGCCUCAACAUAGAAUGCUGGCUAGGAAGAAAAGUCAGGAGAGACUUCAGAUAUAAACCAAUUUACUUAGUGGCCAAGCAAAACAAAAAAGAAAAGCUGCUAAGAGGAAACACCUGGCGAAUCUCUUUCUCACAUAUCGAGAAGGCCAUGCUGAACAACCAUGGCAGCAUAAAGACAUGUUGUGAAUCCGAUGGAGUGAAGUGUUGUAGGAAAGAUUGUCUCAAACUUCUGAAGUAUCUUCUAGAGCGACUUAAAAUGAAACAUCCAAAAGAAUUGGAAAAAUUUUGUUCAUAUCAUGUCAAAACUGCCUUUUUCCAUUCAUGCGUCGCUUGGCCAAGUGACACAGACUGGCAGCAUGAAAACCUGGAACACUGUUUUCAGAAAUAUCUGGAAUAUUUUCUGCGUUGUCUGCAAGAUUCUCAGCUGCCACACUUUUUUAUUCCCCGAUACAACUUGCUCAGCCUGGAUGAUAAAGCAAGCAAUGACUUCCUUUCAAGACAAAUAAACUAUCAGUUGAACAAUGGAUUCCCAGUAUUUCACCAGGUGUAGUAAAAAAAGUAUUUACAAUAACUAUCUGAAAGCAAGUAAAGUAGAUUUGCAUAUUUUAAAACAUAAGUUUAGCAUUUUUAUAUUUUUUCUUAGUAGCUUGAUACUAUAGAGAAACAAAACAAAACCAAGAACACUAACAGAAAAUUGCGUCUUUCAGUUGUAUUGCUUAGUCAUGUUCCUUAAAAGAAUCAGGACAUUUGAAUUAAUAUUUGAUAGGAACAGUUAAAAAAAAAAAAAAAAAAAAAGAGAAAAGUUCUGACAUAGAAUGAUGGUUAAAACAGAAGAGAUGGCACCUGCCAACAUAACAAUUCAGCAAGAGAACCAGGAGUGAGAACUCAGCCUUCGUGAUGUAGCCUAGGGACACAGACAUCCCUGAAGCAUGGCUGAAUACCUCAUAGCAGUGCCAUCCUGAAGAUAUGAUUGGUACACACAUAUUCAAUGUAUAUGCUUGUGUACACCUGUGUAUAUAUGCCUAUGUGUAUAUAGAUGUUCAUGCUACAUAAAUGUAUAUAUACAAUAUGUAUAUCCUACAAGAAAUUGAGCUGCUCAAGUGUGUGCAGGAAAGGGCAAUGAAGCUGGUGAAAUAACUGGAAAUCAAAAUGUGAAGAUCCUGUUGGUCUCUACAGCUACCUGAAAGGUAGCUGCAGUGAGGAAAACAGCCUUUUCUAAGCUGGGGGACCAGUUCAGUGCUUCCAUAAAUGAUCUGGAUACAGGACUCAAAUGCCUGCUAGGCAUACUGAAUUAGGAGGAGCUGUUGACUUCCUUGGAGCAGAGACACCAUACAGAAAUUUUGGCAAAUUAGAGAGCUGAGCAAUCAUGAACUGCAUGAAAUUCAACAACAGCAAGUGCAGGAUUCUGCACAUGUGGUGGGGUAAAGACUGGGGAACAGCAGGCUGAAAAGCAGAUCCAAAGAAAGGGAUCCAGGCGGGGGGGAGGAGGGGAGGGAAUUGGCUGAUAGGAAGUUGAAUCUGUCAGCAGUGUCCUUGCAGCCAAAAGAGGCAACUGGUGCAUCAGGUCUGGCAUUGCCAGCCAGGAGAGGGAAGGGAUGGCCUCAUUGUGUGUUGGCGUGGCCUCACCUUGAGCACUGCGUGCAAUCUGGGGCACCGUAACAUAAAGACAGAACUAUUAGAGAACAUCCAAAGAGAGGCUUCAGAGACGCUGAAAUGUCUGGAGAGCAAGGUGUACCAGGAGCAGCUGAGGUCCCUGGUGUUUGCUCAACCCAGAGCAGAGGAGCUGAGAGGAGGCCUGAUGGCAGCUGCAG